CAGCGGCCUAUAGUCUCACGCGACAGCGACAGCGGAGCUGCGGAAGAGUCGGGGGAAUUUGGCCGUCUCCUCACGCGCGUACCACUGACCCUGCCACGAGUCACAAUGUCUAUCCAAGCGCGGCGGUUGCUGACUCUGCCUCUGCUCUUUCCUCCGCCCAGCACCAGUCUCCCACUCUCGCCCGACUCUCCACCAUGCGCAGCCUACGGGGCCUCCUCGCCGUCUCCGGCCACCUCGCCGCCCGCCACGCGCCGCCGAGCGGCGCCUCCUCGUCUCCCCACAGCGUCCUCUUCGCCCGUGCCCUCCAGAUCCUCUCCCAGCCGGAGCCCGUCCGCCUCCACAAGCUCUCGGCGCCCGACUCCGGGAUCGUGGAGCUGAGGCUGGAGCGGCCGGAGGCCAGGAACGCCAUCGGGAAGGAGAUGCUCAAGGGGCUGCGGAGCGCCAUGGACAAGGUGAAGGCCGACUCGACGGCCAACGUUGUACUGGUAGCGAGCUCCGUGCCCAAGGUCUUCUGCGCGGGCGCUGACCUCAAGGAAAGGAGGUUAAUGGGCCCUUCUGAAGUCCGGGAAUUUGUUAAUACCUUGAGAGCUACAUUCUCAUCCUUUGAGGCACUCCCUAUUCCUACAAUAGCUGUUGUUGAAGGAGCUGCCUUUGGCGGUGGGCUAGAGUUGGCUCUUUCAUGUGAUCUUCGUAUAUGUGGUAUUGCUUUUAUUCUACAGUGCGCAAGUUUCAUACAUCUUAUAGAAACCAGUUUUGCCCCCUCCUUUCAAACAGUUGAAUGCAUUUCUUCAACAUGUUUUGCAGGGGAGAGUGCAACAUUCAGCUUGCCAGAAACCGGCCUUGCUAUUAUUCCUGGAGCUGGAGGGACACAGCGUCUUCCAAGGAUUGUUGGAAGGGCCAGAGCAAAGGAAUUGAUAUUCACUGGCCGUAGAUUUGAUGCGACAGAAGCUGUAAAUAUGGGGGUAGUGAACUACUGCGUUCCUGGUGGCGAGGCUUAUCAAAAGGCUCUUGAACUUGCCCGGGAGAUAAAUCAGAAAGGUCCGUUAGCGAUAAGGAUGGCCAAGAAGGCCAUCAACGAAGGGGUGGAGGUAGACCUGUCCUCUGCGUUGGCUGUCGAAGAAGAGUGCUACGAGCAAGUUCUGCACACUCAGGAUCGCCUUGAAGGUCUAGCUGCAUUUGCAGAGAAAAGAAGACCUUUGUACACAGGAAAGUGAGGCCGUACUGAAGUCAGCCCUGUUAGCCUCUUAUGUCUUAUCUGCUGAUACCCUGAAGAAUGUGUCCUUGUUCCAAAAAAAAAAAAAACCUGAAGAAUGUGUCUGGGUUGCUAGAUUAUUUGCAGAUGUAUGUGCUACAUCUUCUGAUUGUCAUGAUCGCCUAAAACUGAAUGAACCGCACCCAUGUAACUGUAAGGUAGGAAAGCUGCAUCUGGAGAUGCUGCGGUUUGGUUUCGUCAUUGCAUUUUUCUUGGAUAAUCCAGGCUUGGGUAGAAGAUGGACUGGACUGGACUGGAGUCGCUGAUUGUGCCUUUUCUUUUCUACUCUCUCCGUUCCUAAAUAUAAGUUUUUCUAGAGAUUUCAA